AUGAGAUUCGUUUCAACCCUUCAGCUGCUCCUCGCGGCAACUGCUUUUGCAGCUCCCAGGAACGACAACACUCCAUCAAUAUCUCGUAACAAGGCUAUUUCGCCGAAACCUCCUUUCCUCCCAUUGCCAGACACUGCACGUCGUAACAAGGUGUGCUAUGUGGAUUCGCAUGGGAAUGGGGCCGACGACUCUAAGAAUAUUCUAGGUGCUCUAAAAAGGUGCAACAAUGGCGGUCGAGUCGUUUUUGAUAAACACUACACUAUUGGAACAGCGUUGGACUUGCAAUUCCUGAAGCACAUCGAUCUAGAUAUCACUGGAUAUAUUCAAUUCACCAAUGAUACGAAUUACUGGCAAACUCACGCCUUCAAACAAGUGUAUCAAAAUGCAACCACAUUCUUCCAGCUCGGCGGCGAAGACGUAAACGUGUAUGGUGGGGGUACGAUUGAUGGGAAUGGUCAAGUCUGGUAUGACCUGUAUGCAGAGAACCCCCUCGUUCUCCGUCCCAUUCUCGUCGGAAUUAUUGGGUUGAGAGGGGGUGCCAUUGGCCCCUUAAAGCUGAGGUACUCGCCGCAGUGGUACCACUUUGUCGCCAAUUCCUCAGAUGUCUUGUUUGAUGGAUUGGAUAUUUCUGGUUACAGCAAUAGUCACAACACGGCUAAGAAUACUGAUGGAUGGGACACCUACCGUUCCAAAAAUAUCGUAAUACAGAACUCGGUGAUUAAUAAUGGAGAUGACUGCGUCUCUUUCAAACCAAACAGCACCAAUAUUCUCGUCCAGAAUUUGCAUUGCAACGGCUCACACGGAAUCUCUGUCGGCUCUUUGGGUCAAUACGAAGGGGAAGUUGAUAUCGUUGAGAAUGUUCUUGUCUACAAUAUAUCUAUGUUCAAUGCAUCCGAUGGUGCGCGUAUUAAAGUCUGGCCCGGCGUUUCCUCCGAGUUGUCAAGCGAUCUCCAAGGUGGUGGCGGAUUGGGAAGUGUUAAAAAUAUCACUUACGACACUAUACAGGUCGAUAAUGUCGAUUGGGCCAUUGAACUAACGCAGUGCUAUGGACAAAGUAACCAAACUUUGUGCAAUGAAUACCCCAGCAACUUGACCAUAUCUGAUGUGUGGUUCAAGAACUUCGCGGGAGUAACAAGCAAGACCAGGGAGCCAGAUGUGGCAACCCUGAUAUGUUCAAGUCCAAGCGUCUGCUCAAAUAUCUACGUAAGUAACUUUAAUGUCACGAGUCCUAAAGGAACGAACGAGGCUAUAUGCAAAAAUGUCGACGAGUCUAAUCUCCAACUAAACUGCACUUCGUCAUCAUAA